UAUUAUUGACAUUUAUCAUUUACGCAGUAAAUUUGGUUAUGUUUUUGUGAGUAUAAGAAAGGAAUUUUCAUGUGAAAUUUAUUCAUACAGAUAUUUUACAUGUAGUUGAUAUUUCACAAAAAUUGCAAUGCGUGAAAUUUAUAUUUUUCAUCUAGAUUUUUUUGUUGGUGUGUAUGGCAAUCAGGACUAUGAAUAUAAGUGUAAGGUAGAUAAUAAUUUGAAGAUAAGAUGAAUCAUCAAUGAAAAAAAUCUAAUCGCUCUCUAUAAAAUAAAUUAUUUUCAUAAAAUGAGGUACUACAGACUUUGGAUUUACGCAUGUAAUACCGUUUUAUUAUGCAGUACUCUGGGUUUUAUAGCAGUUGUUUCCAAAAGUCUUAUUUUUACUGGAGAUCCUCGUCGACUCUUAGUUCCUGGAUUACCAAAAGCAUACGAUCCAACAACUUUAUAUGCUUAUUUAGCAUUAACCAUACAAUUAGGAAUUGUACAGAUUCUAGGUUGUACUGCAGCGAGACAAUUGAACAUAAAUCUACUCAAUGCCUAUUGGCUUUUAUUAUUGGCACUACUUUUUGGCGAUGCAGUCAUGGGAAUUGCUUGGAUCUACAGAUUUGAAAAGAUUUGUAACGAUUUACGGUCCAGUCUGCGUCAAAAACUGAAGGUUGAAUAUAGUAGAAAUAUGAAGUUCAGUCUUUAUUGGGAUCGAUUGCAAAAAGAAUUUUCUUGCUGCGGUGUCACAGGGCCUUUAGAUUUUGGCACUACUUGGCCCCAAAGUUGUUGCUCAAGUCUUCAAUUUCCGGAUUUUAUUUACAUUCAACAUUUUGAAGAAGAAACUAUAUCAAACUUGACAAAUGUGAAUAAAUUUUCAAAAAUCAACGUUAAUUUAACAGACAGCUGUUCAUACCCUUUCAGUCAAGGUUGCGAAGAACAACUUAUGAAGUGGUUGGAGAAAACUGCUGAUCUGUUAUUUGUUUUGGGAUUUUGCGUCAUUUCUUUUACAAAGUUAUGCUUCCUAGGAAUUUUACGAUAUGAAAUACGCGAAAUGAUACAAAAAAUCAAAUUAUUAGAAGAGCUUCCAUUUCAAAAUGCUUGUAGCAUGCAGCAAAUGGUUACAAAACAUGGAGCUUCUUCUUCUUCUCAAUCUUCCCAAACUCGUCAACAAACGCAGCUUAUUGAAAUAUCUAUUAACAAUGGUAAUGUUGAUAAACGAUUAAAUCUUCCAAGCAUAACAACUCUCUCUGGUACUGGUCAAAAAUCAUUUUGCCAUCAUUCGUCAGGUUUAACAAUCCAUAAACAGAUAUCAAAUGGAAAUAACAUUCAAGAAAUGAGUACAGAAAGUGAUACAAAUAGUCAUUGCGCCUUGAUUCUAGAAGAACCAACUCCACCUGUUUAUCAUCGAGGAGCACUUUUCCAUAGUGAACAAUUGUUCUUAAAAAAUGACUUUGAAAUGAGUGAAAUUGAAAAACGGAAUCCAUCUAAACAUCUAUCUUUACAUUCUUCAGAUUUUGAUGAAAAUCAAUCGAACUUAAAAACAAGUGUAGUUGUGACUAGUAGUAAAUGAGUAUUAUUCGAUAAUGACAUUUUUAUAUAAAAAAUUGUGUGCAAUGUUUUAAUUUGAGAGUUUCGCAACAAAUAGUUGUUAAUAGGUGAAUGAAUCUUAAAAUCAAUUCAUCCUCAAUUUGAAAAAAUUUACUGUACAAAUAAAGAACAUUU